AUGGCGGCCAUUGAAGUUGAGCCAACUAAAAUCGAGACAGCGAUGCGUACGCUCAAGUUGUCAGGGCACGUCGGUUUCGACAGCCUACCAGAUCAACUUGUGAACAAAAGUGUGCAAAAUGGAUUCGUUUUUAAUAUCCUGUGUAUUGGAGAAACUGGCCUGGGAAAAUCAACUCUCAUGGACUCGCUGUUCAAUACAAACUUUGAAUCUACACCCAGCCCACAUAACUUGCCUACUGUUAAGUUGAAAGCACAUACAUAUGAACUACAAGAGAGUAAUGUAAGACUAAAGCUGACAAUUUGUGACACGGUGGGUUAUGGUGAUCAAGUGAACAAGGAGGACAGUUUUAAAGCUGUAGUGGAUUACAUUGAUGCACAGUUUGAAGCGUUUUUACAAGAAGAACUUAAGAUCAAGAGAGCCUUGCCUACAUAUCAUGACAGCCGCCUGCACGUCUGCUUGUACUUCAUUUGUCCUACUGGACAUGGUCUAAAAUCUAUCGAUCUAGUAUGUAUGAAGAAAUUGGACACCAAGGUGAACAUCAUCCCCAUCAUCGCCAAGGCUGAUACCAUUUCCAAGACUGAGUUGCAAAAGUUUAAGUCGAAAAUAAUGCUCGAGCUGCAGUCGAACGGCGUGGAGAUCUACCAGUUCCCGGUGGACGACGAGUCGGUGUCGGAGGUCAACGCCGGCAUGAACGCGCACAUCCCCUUCGCCGUGGUCGGCAGCACCGACUUCGUCAAGAUCGGCAACAAGACCGUGCGCGCGCGCCAGUACCCCUGGGGCACCGUGCAGGUGGAGAACGAGUCUCACUGCGACUUCGUGAAGCUGCGCGAGAUGCUGAUCCGCACCAACAUGGAGGACAUGCGCGAGAAGACGCACGCGCGCCACUACGAGCUGUACCGCCGCCGCCGCCUCGCGCAGAUGGGCUUCUCCGACGUCGACGCCGACAACAAGCCCGUGUCGUUCCAGCAGACGUUCGAGCAGAAGCGCACGGCGCACCUGCUGGAGCUGCAGCAGAAGGACGACGAGAUGCGCCAGAUGUUCGUGCAGCGCGUCAAGGAGAAGGAGGCCGAGCUCAAGGAGGCUGAGAAGGAGCUUCACGCGAAAUUCGAUAAACUGAAGAAGGACCACACAGAAGAGAAGAAGCGUCUCGAGGAGUUGCGCAAGAAGAUAGAGGACGACACCAUCGAGUUCAACCGCCGCAAGCAGCAGAGCCAGCAGAGCCACCACACGCUCACGCUCGGCAAGAGCAAGAAGAAG